AAAGCCAGCACGGGGGAUAACCAUGCUAACCUCUUCCACUUGUCUCCAUGAAACACCAUGUUCCUCUUUAAAACACCACGGAAUUUAAAUUCAAUCGAAAGAACUGAAGUAGGUGAUGAUUCAAAAUGAAUAAUCAAAGUUGCCUCAAAAUUCCUGAAACCUGUGAAGUCUUUUAGGGCUCCCCAAGAGUCCUUUUGCUCACAGGAGAAUGAAACAACUCCUAUUCAAGGUGAUUAUCUUCAUUAACUCUUAUUUAUGUUGAAAAGUAGAAUCCAGAUGUUAAUGCAAAAAUAGUAAUUUUAAAUUAUAGUGUUUUAAUCAAUAAAAACGAGAAGCUCAAAAAAAAAAAAAGCUUGCCACUUGGGUUGUAUUAUUAAUACUUAACAUAUUUAUUCUCAAAAUGGGAAGGAAACCGCUGAAUGACUAACUUCUGAUAAACCUGUGGAAAUGUAAGCCACCGCGCUCCGCAAAAUCCACGCGGUGGAAAUGAAACGCUGCAGGGGCGCCCUUCCCACCGCCCCCUGUCCCGCCCUGCCCUGCCCCGCCCUGCCCGACAGGGGCCGCGGGCCCGGGCGCACCGCCCCAGCCCGGACCUCAGGUGCCGAGUCACAACUGCAAAUGGACUUCCUCCUCCCGGCGGGUCAGGAGGCCGCGGCUCCGUGACCCUCCCGCCAAGCCUGCGGCCCCACCUGAGGAUGUUGUCGGCGUAGGUCUUCGACUACCUGCGAGUCACUUAAGUACAGUACCGAGGAGCGUCUCAGAGAAACCUGACAGGACGCCGGCAGCCUCAGAUCACAGACCUCCAGACAAAGUGACGCUGCGCAAGGUCGACCGGGUGAGGAGCGCUCUUACGUGACGCCUGCGUGCGAGCGCGUAGGAAUGUGUUUCUGAUCAUCCGAAAUCUCAACAUGUCAAACUGCUUAGGAAAUUUCCUAAAAGUCACAAGCGCUCAUCUUUUGCAUUCAAGAUUAUGCCAGCAGUUAAUAAAUAAAAGUAGGUUUUUUGGAACUGUGCCAACAUCCAGAUUGCAUAGGCGGGUUGUCAUUACAGGGAUUGGCUUAGUGACUCCUCUUGGUGUUGGAACUCAGAUAGUAUGGGAUCGUCUUCUUCAGGGAGAAAGUGGAAUUGUGUCACUGGUUGGUGAAGAGUAUAAAAAUAUCCCUUGCCGUGUUGCUGCUUACGUGCCAAGAGGUUUUGAUGAAGGUCAGUUCAAUGAACAAAACUUUGUGUCCAAGUCAGAUGUCAAGUCCAUGUCUUCUCCCACCAUCAUGGCCAUUGGGGCAGCAGAAUUAGCCCUGAAAGACUCCGGCUGGCAUCCUGAGUCAGAAGCUGAUCAAAUGACUACUGGUGUUGCAAUUGGGAUGGGAAUGAUUCCCCUUGAAAUUGUUUCUGAAACUGCUUUGAUGUUUCAGACAAAAGGAUACAAUAAAGUCAGUCCUUUUUUUGUCCCGAAGAUUCUGAUUAAUAUGGCAGCAGGCCAGGUCAGUAUUCGACAUAAAUUGAAGGGCCCUAAUCAUGCAGUAUCUACGGCCUGUACCACAGGAGCUCAUGCUGUGGGAGACUCUUUCAGAUUUAUAGCCCAUGGUGAUGCUGAUGUGAUGGUGGCUGGAGGUACAGACUCUUGCAUUAGUCCGUUAUCUCUUGCUGGGUUUUCCAGAGCCCGGGCUCUAAGCACGAACCCAGAUCCUAAGGUGGCAUGUCGGCCAUUUCAUCCAAAGAGAGAUGGUUUUGUAAUGGGAGAAGGUGCAGCUGUGCUGGUGCUGGAAGAAUAUGAACAUGCUGUUAAAAGAAAGGCCCGGAUCUAUGCAGAAGUUUUGGGCUAUGGACUCUCAGGUGAUGCUGGUCACAUAACUGCUCCUGAUUCUGAAGGAGAAGGUGCCUUAAGAUGUAUGGCUGCUGCUAUAAAAGAUGCAGGUGUACAACCCGAAGAGAUAUCCUAUGUCAACGCACAUGCUACUUCUACACCACUGGGAGAUGCUGCUGAAAACAAAGCUAUUAAACGUCUCUUCAAAGACCAUGCAUAUGCCCUUGCAAUUUCCGCAACAAAGGGAGCCACAGGGCAUCUGCUGGGUGCUGCAGGCGUGGUUGAGGCAGCUUUUACUGCACUAGCUUGUUAUUAUCGAAAACUGCCACCUACUUUAAACCUGGAUUGUACAGAACCAGAAUUUGAUCUCAAUUAUGUUCCAUUAAAGUCACAAGAAUGGAAAACUGAUAAAAGGUAUAUUGGACUCACCAAUUCCUUUGGUUUUGGUGGUACAAAUGCAACACUUUGUAUUGCUGGCAUGUAGGACAAAUAUACUGUAUUAUUAAAUACUGAUUUUUAAAAUGUAGAUAGAAAUAAUAUAUAUGCAUAUAUUCACAUAACAAUACUGAAAUACCGUUUAUCUAUAUUAAGGUUUCUCAACCUUGGGAAUGUUGGUAUUGGUGUAGGAUAAUUCACUGUUGGGUAAAAGAGGGCUGUCCUGUACAUUGUGGGAUGUUUAACAUCUUGAUCUUUCCUCCUAGAUUCUAGUAACAGCUCCUUCCCUAAUCUUGACAACCAGAAAUGUCUAAAUAUUGCCAAAUGUUUUCUGGAAGACAAAAUAGCCCACCCAUGAGACUUGCUGAUCUGUUUUCCUAAUAUUCUAGAUCAGACAACUUCCAUGACAUUUCGUGUACUUUUAUCCCUUUCACAGAUACUUAGAGAGUAGCUCUUUUUCCGAGGCAGGGUUGCUGUAUGGUACAAUUCUAGGUAUAUUAUUCACAUACAGUAUAUAGAAGGGAAUAUAUAACUACAAGUUUCCAUCAUUAGUCAACAUUCUCUCAGUCAGCCUAUAUUGAUCUAUUUGCCCCUUGCCUAUUUCACCUUGUUUUCUUUGUAUUACCCAUAUUGUAAUUCAGUAAGUUAGUCACAUUUUCCUAACUCCCCAAGCUCUUGGUUUCCUGAAAGUAGGAAGUAAAAAUGGAUUGUAUUUCUUACUGUUCUUGUAUUUAUCCUGAUACCAAAUGAUUAACGGAGAUAAAGAUCUUUGAAAUAGAAAUUGUUGGUGACUCAGGUCACAUCCAUUCAGCCUACCUCUGUACAGUUAUGGCAGUAUCCUGUGUUCCUCCAGCUUGCCACCACAAGUGCUAAUGGUCCUGUUUUUGCUGCCUUGAGGAUUUCUCAAAAGCUAAAGUAUCUGACUCAUUCGCAGAGGCUGUAAGUGCUUGGGAUGGGGUUGGCUCACCAGAGGCAUCACUUGGCCAGUGAACAUGACAGCUGGUAAGUGCCUCAGCCUCCCUUUAGAGGAAGAGCUGCUGUUAAGGGAUCCCAGUGAGCUGGAGCUUCAGUUAUUCCCAAGUAAACCACUUUUUGUCAGGCUGUGCUUUUUGGGUGAUUUAAACUAAGACAAAGUUUUUGUUGUAAUAGAAGUCUAUCAGUGGGAAAGAGUGAAAAGGGAUAAAUGGAAUGUAUGUAUUCUAGCACAAAUGUACAGGAUUUUCCACAUUUUAGUAGUCUCUAUAUAUAUUGCCUACCCACUGACCUUGACCAUGACCUUGACCCUAAAUGCCUAACACUCCAGCCAUAUGUUCACAUAGUUUUAGAGUUUAUAUCUCUAUGUCUCCCAAGAACCUCAUGUUCUCAUAGGUGGGCCUUUUGGGAAGUGAUUGGGUCAUAGGAUCAUGAUACUUCUGUGUAGAUUAGUCCACUGAUGGGGAGCUAAAUGGGUAACCUUCUCUCUGAUUCCUGCCUGCUAUGCCAUGAGCAAGCCUCCUCUGCCAUGCUACCCUGUCUUAGAACCAGCGAACUGUGGACUGAAACCUUUACAGACUGUAAACCUUUCCUCCUUUGUGAAUGUUGAGUAUUAUGUCUCUGAUGAGAAAGUAAUUAAGAUACACAGCUAUGUAAAUCAACUUUAAUUCCCACUAACAUACAGUGGUUCAACUGAAACUUAUUGGGUGCUAGCACAGACCUGGCUUUAUACUGGUCACCAAUGAUAAAUGGAAUGUUUCAAGGAAGAUUUUCUAAAGGAAGAUGUGUAUGUAUGUGGUACAGAUAGGUCUCAGAUUAAAAGGGAAGAUGGGAAAGGAAAGAUGUUAUAACCAGGGGGAAUCCAAUGUGAAAAGGUCUAGAAGUUAGAACAUUUAUGCUAAACUUAAUUACAAUGUACCCUAGAGAGGAGGAGUAGGAAAUACUGUCAGAAAGUCUGGUGGAAGUCAGUUUCAUUAAAGCAGUAAGGGUAAUGGGGAGCCAUUUGAGUUUGGAAAUGGUAUGAUGGCUUUGUAAGGCUUAAAUAUGUUUAGGCUAAACUACAUUUUCAGCAUUCCUGUUACUUUUGUAUUGGUUAGGGUUGACCAUAAGAGAUUUCUUAUGGGAGGUUGGAGGAUGGAAGUGAAGCAGCUGCUGUUUUUUUAUAUUUUGAGACGGUCUCACUAUGUGGCCCAGGCUAACCUCGAACUCACAGUGAUCCUUCUGCCUCAGCUUCUUGAGAGCUGGAAUUACAGGCAUGCACCACCACCCCCAGCAGCAGCUGUUGGUUUUUGUAGCUGAUACACGUUGUUUAUCUCCUUCUCCUGGAUCCUCCUUCAGCAUCCCUCAUUCCUGAACAGGCAAGUGUUUAGCUUUAUGAUAAUGAGGGAUUGUAGCUUCUGCCUAUACCACCCAAGUUGGAAGGAACAGCUUGACAGAUUUCAGCUGUUUUUGUGUUUAUGUCUGUAGGGAACUUUACUUUUGUCUUACCAACUCCCAGCCUUGUGGACUUCAAAUUCCAGCAUCAGAAGAUGGUAGGUGAAGAUAACAGUACUACAGAAGCUGUUUAGCUAGUUCUUAAAAUUGUGUAGAAUUUUUCUCGAUAUCAUAGUGGUUCUGUUUCUCUAAUUGAAUCCUAACUGAUAAAUGUGAAGAAGGGUGAGAGUUGUUAGGUGACAUAGUUCACAUUUUCUUUUAAAAAUAUCACUUUGGCCCCAGAGUGAAGGACAGAUUGGAAGAAAGCUUGGUUCUCUCAAGGAAAUAUACUCAGAAGGAUAUUGUGGAGUCUAUGCUAAAAAACGUGGUAGUCUGGGUGCAGCAGAAUAUCUUCACCACGUUUCUUCCAAAGUUGAAAAUUGUGUGUUUUUAAAAAUCGACUUUAUCAAGGCAUUAUUUAUAUACAGUAAACGCAUCCAUUUUCAGGGUAGUUCAGUGGGUUGAUAAACAUGUACAUAUGUGUAACUAUCACUUGUGGCAAAAUAAAGAAUGUUUCAUCACCCUCAAAA